CAAUUUUUGUGUUUUUCUUGUUCCUUAGUUGUUUACACUCUGUUAUUAUUGGAAAAUAUUAAUUAAAUUUCGUUCUAUUUAUUAUUUAAUAGGAUUAUUGUGCCAUAUAAAUUUGUUAAUCACGUUGCCCACACAAAAAGUGAUUAACAGACGAAAAUGACUUCAAAUCACAACUUGAACGAUAGUAGCGUCGCUGCUAUGGAAGACAGUUCAAAGCGUCGUAGGUGAGUUAAAUAACGAAUUUGUUCUAUGGUGAGAAAAUUUUGAAUUUUUAAAAUCAUUUUUCAGCUCUCGUUCGAUUAAGCGUCGAAAAUUUGAUGAUGAAUUGGUCGAAUCGAGUUUGGGCGCAGCGUUUGGAUCGCCUUUGCCAAAAACUCAACGAGUUCGAACACAAUCUCUGAAUAUGACAUCUACAAAUUCUACAGGUUUGUACUCAAUAAUUAUUAAUUCGUCUUUCAUAUGAUGUCUGUAUGAAAAAUUAAAGUAGUUGUAAUUUUGUCCAAUGCAUCUAUAUACUUCAUCUUGUAUUUUUGUUUGUAACUAUCCAUCGCAACAGAAAUAGUGAAUUAAUAUUUUAAUCAAACAUAAUGAAAAUACAGUCCGUACUGAUUAAAUGUAAAUAUAUCAGGCUAUGUUUGGUCUGGUCAUAUGUUUAAGUAAAAUGAUUUGACUGAGUUUUUACAAUUAACAUAAUUGAAUGUUCAGAAUUAAAAGAUUAGGUAUUUUAAUAUAGGUAUACAAAUUAUUGGUGUAUAAUUAUAAUAUAUUAUAAAUUAUACAAAUUAUAUUCACUUAAAAAUGUGUUUCCACAGAUGUCAUAGAUAGUAUCAUGUCACCAGUUCAUAGUGUUCCUGAAACAGUAAUUCCAAACAUUAUACCAUCUACAUCAACUACUCAACCACGAAAAGUUCCUCCUAAUAGAACACCUACAAAUAUCAUUGCACCCAGUAAUUCAUUUGCUAGUAUUCCUUCUACUUCAGCAGCUACACCAUCAACAAAUAGAAACAGAUCGAGAAAGCAGAAAACUGUAAUUAAAGAUUUGGGUCGUUGGAAGCCUACUGAUGAUUUAAUGUUAAUACAAAGUAUAUUACAGGUGAGAUUAAUUUAACUUAACAAUAAAAUAGAAAUUAAUAGAUUUUAAGAUGAUUAAAUACAUUUUUGGUUAACUUUGCAGACAAAUAACAUACCAAUGGUGCAUAGGGGUGUUAAAUUCAGCUGUAGGUUUACUCUUAAAGAAAUUGCCCAAAGGUGGUAUGCCUUGUUAUACGAUACAACAAUAUCUAGACUUGCCAUAUCAGCAAUGCGCAAUUUACAUCCAGAAACUAUUGCUAAUAUAGAAGCUAAAGCUCUGUUUUCUGUUGCCGAAGAAGACAUUUUAGCUACCAUUCAAUCUGUAUGUUUAACAUAUUUGAUAUUUAAGUAUUCUUUAAAUAAACAAUUUGUUAUAGACUGCAACACCCACCAUAGAAACAUUUCAAGAUUUGCUUAAUGAAAAUCCAAAUUUAUUCCAUCGUAGACGUUCAGCUAAAGUUCUUAUGUGUCAAUGGCAACUUAUGAAACGUUUUUCUUUACUAUCGGAUCAGUGUAGUGAGUGAUCUUUUGAAAAUUAUUUUUUUAAUAAUUUAAAUAUUAAUAUUAAAAACUAUUUAUUUAUUCUAUCUAAUUUAUUACCUAAUUGUUAAGAUUCUUGAAUGAUUAUUAAUGGAUGUUAUUUUUAUACUACAGGUGCUUUAGAAAAUCCUAUACCAAUACCAUUAAUGAGUUCUUUGGAAGAUAGAAAUAUGCAUAUUCUGAACAAUGAACAAGAAGGUAGUAUAAAUUUAUAGAUACAUAAUAUAAUAUGUUUUCAAUAAUACUGUUUUUGUUUUAUUUAUUUAGUUACUACGUUAACUUCAGAGCACAUUCCUACAUUUGCAGAAUGUGAAGAUUUAUUAAACGAUCAACAUUUAUUGGUUGAAAGGCCUGAUCCUGUUCUUGAAAGACAUCUUGCUUUAACAAACAAGUAAUGCACUUUAACAUUUUAAGUAUACAUUCUUUUAUAAUUAUUAAGCAAUUUUCUUAAAUUAUUUUUUUUUAGUAGUAAAUUUUAUUUCUGGUAUUUAUUAUGGAAUUGUUAAAGUUAUAAUUUGAACACUAUUUUAAAAUAGUAACCCUCAUUUUCAAUACAGAUUUGAGAAAAAUAAUAUUUUUCUUAACAUUUUUAAUGUACAAAAUAAUAAUAUUGGAUUUACCUUUUUUAUGUUAUAACGUUAUAAACAGGAUUCGUAACUGUUAACAGUUUUAGUUUCAGUUAUCUAGUAGGUUCUUGAAAUUGUUGGUUGUAAUUUUAUAAAAAGUUUUUUAAAUUCGUUAUUCGGCGAUUUUUAAUUUUGUUUUUUUAAAUGUGUUAUUGGUUAGGUCAUUAUUAGAGACUGGAUUUAUAUGUUCUAAAAAUCCACAAAAAAAGCAUUUAAAAAUAUUUUAAAAUGCAAAUAUAAUAGAGUGGAUCUAAAAGAUUUAACUUAUAAAUACAAUUUUCUAAACACUACAAAAAUGAUUAAUAAAAAUUCAUUUUUUUUAUUAUGUAUACACUUAUUAAAAAGAAGUUAUUUUGUGUUAAUCAUUUUUGUAGUGUUAGAAAAUUUAAUUUAAUAAGUUAAAGCCAUUAGGAAGGGAACUUUUAAAUCCUUCAAUCAUUUUUAAUUUUUGAAGGUUUUUAAUCACUUUUUUGUGAAUUAUAAGAGAAUAUAAAUCCGGUCUCUAGUCAUUAUAGAUCAGUUUUAUAUAUUUUUAUCUUGGACUUAAGCUGAAUACAUACUAUGAGAUUCAAAAACACAGAUGUGCUUUACUUACACACAUGUGACCAUGUUUUGAAAACAUGCUGAUGAUAACAGAGCUUAAUUUUAAUUAUGAUAAGGAGCUACUUUUAUGUUUCCUAUAAAUAAAGAGCAAGCCAAAUAUUAUUUGAACUAUACAAUCUUUUGUAUUUCAUUAUAAAUUAUACUGUAUUGAAAAAAAACCAGUUUGCGCAUGUACAACUUAGCAUUCAUUAUCACAGUUGCGGAACACCCACCAAUGAACUGAUAAUCAUCUUCUGUACAUGACACAUGCACAAACCAUGACGUGUUUUUGUCUGACUCCCGGUUUUCUUACAGUAUAGGUAAUAUUGCUGUAAGAGUCAAUUAAGCAAAACCACGGUAUGUUUUUGUCAUAUAAAAAACCUGUAGUGUAUAAUCAACUUAAUACUUUAAAGUUUAUAGGAAUCUUUAAAUUUUUUUAAUAUGGUGAUAGUUGUAUAACCAUUAAAUCGUAAUAAUAAACUCACAAAUAUGCAAGUAUAGAAGUUAGAUUUUCGAUUUCGCAUGUUAACAAAUAAUAUUUGUUUUUAGUGUAUGCAGUUUAAAUAGUAGUCUAGUUAUUUUUAGAAUUCAUGAAAUACUGAAACAGAAUUAAAAAGAAUAUAAUAUUUAUUUAUGUAUAUAUAUUAGGGGAUGGAGAAUAUUUAAAUUAUUUUUGAGGAUAUUACACAAUAUUAAAAUAUCAAAAAUUAUUUGAAGAAAUAAUUGCCUUUAUUAUUAUUUUUACGUAUCUCCGUGUACUCUGAAGUUUUAAAAUUAUUUUUACCUCUUAUUAUUUAGUAUUUCUCUUUUUUAUCUUUAUCCUUUUAAUCGCACUAAUUAAUAAUCAAAUAUCAUUCAGUCUCGUGCAGAGAAUACUUUUCAUACCAUAUAUAUAUUGGACGCUAGAAUGUUGUCGAACGUUUUACGGAAUAAUCUUUAUAACGCUAAUUGGCAUCAGUAUGCAGUCAACUUAAUUAUUAUAAUUAUAAUUAUCUUAUUAAUAUUUAUAAUAAUACAAUUUUUUCUAUUUAUGUCCAAAUAAUCAUAUAUUUUUAAUAUUCUUUGAAUUUUUAUGUAUUUAAAAUUGAAUGCAUGAAUCAUUUCAAAGGCCUAGUAUAUUAAUAAUAAAUAAUUACUUAUUAUAGAAAAAUCAAAAGAGAAAUAAAAGUUUUAGAAGACGAAUUGCCUCGAGCUCAGGUACUAGUGUUUCCAAUGACUGGUAUCAAUCCCGUAGAGUUUGAACCACAAACAUUAGCUGUGUUGCGUGGUCGAUUGGUGCGAUAUUUAAUGAGAUCCAGGGAAGUGAGUACUUUUAAAUGUUUAAUUGGAAAUAUAUGUUUAUAAAAUGUAUAUUUCAGAUAACUAUUGGACGCACAUCAAAGUAUCAAGAAGUAGAUGUUGACUUAAAACUUGAAGGACCCGCCUGGAAAAUAUCUAGAAGACAGGCAACAAUACGUUUACGCAAUACUGGUGACUUUUUAAUUGCAUGUGAAGGUAAAAAAUGUAUUUAUGUUGAUGGAAAACCUGUGACAGCUGGUAAUCGUAGUCGACUCAAUCACAAUUCUGUUUUGGAGGUAAGUGUAAAAUUUACAUUGGGUAUGGUUUGUGUUUGAUUUGCUUGUGUAUUUAAACUUUAAAGAUUGCUGGUUUGAGAUUUCUUUUCCUUAUCAAUCAUCAACUGAUUAAUACAAUCAAACAAGAAGCAUUCCAACAAAAUCAAGCGCAGUUACCUGUUCAAAUAGUAAACCAGACACCACAAAAACAGUCCAAUCAAAAGUCACAAAAAUCAACAGUGACAAAAGCUGAAAAACUUACUCAGAGCAUUGAUUUACAGCAGCAACAGAUGUUAGAAGAACAACAAAAACAAAAGUAUGAAGAACAGAAAAAAUUAUUGGAAGAGCAAAGGCAAAAAAUAUUUCAGCAACAACAAGAUGAUGAGCUAGAGCAACAAUUAAAACUUUUGCAAGCCGAAGAAGAAGAGCACAUUCAACGACAACAAAAUUUGUAGUUAGGUAUAUUUGGUAUCUGAUUAUGGGAAUAUUUGUAUUGAAAACAUUUUGUUUGCUCAGUAUAGUUUAUAAAACUAUUUAAUGUUCUUCAAAAAUAUUUAUAUUGAUAUAUUUAUAUAAUUGAAUAUUCCGUUUGACGUGAGUUACUUUACAUAUGAUUGAAUUUACUUUUAUUAUUCUGAUUUUAUUUGAUGUGUUUAUUUUAAACUGAUUAUACUAGUUGUCGUUUGGCACAUUUAAUUUUAAUUUUUCGAUAUCAUCAUUAUUGUUUUAAAUAAUAUUUAUUAAAAAAAAUGUUUAAAUCUUUACGUAAAUUAAUAAAUUAUGGGUUAGUUUGAUUGUUUACAAAUUUAUUUAUUUAUUAUAAAAUAUAUGAGCAAGCCCUUUAGUACAAUUCAAGUUACAUUACGGUACAUACUACAGAUUACAAAAUAAAAUUAAAACCCUCUAUAAAUGAAAGGUGGUCUGUAUUUGCACGAAACAUCAAAUGUCUUACUGGUUUAUUUUAAAGAAUAAUAUUAUUAAUAUAAUAAUAAGUAAUAAUUAGGCUUUGGGACUUCUUGCAUAUGCAUGUUUUUUUGAAGUGGUCAUAGAUUAUUUUAAGUAAGCUAUACAUUUGUUUUAUAAAAUGCCGAAAUUAAAUACAAAUUUUGAAUUUGCAUAUUUUUGCACAUUUUGUCAUAUUUUAGGAAAAGUACAUACUUGAGUAAUUUUUAUCAUAUUUUGCAUGUGUGCAUGUUUUAAAUUUUUAUGUAACUAAAAUUGUCGAGUAAAUUGUAUGUGGAUAACAUUCAAAAAUAUUUCUUUUAAUAAAUUACUUAAGGUAGGUAGGUCUAAGCGCGUGUCUUUAUCAUUAUCGAUUAGUAAUCAACCUUGUUAUCGACAAUUUUUAUUAUGUACCUAUCUAUUUUGAGAUUUUUAUUUCUAUAGUUAUUAUAAUAUGUUUUAUGCGUUAAAAAUAAAGUAAAAAAUUACCUGAAUAUUUUGACUGCAUAUUCUGAUCAUUUUUAGUGCAACAAGUCCUGAACCUUAGUAAUAAUACAGGCAUUUUGUUGUAAAAACGUUUUCCUUAAAGAUAACUAGUGUUAAAUUAAUUAUGGUAGUUCAACAGACUCAAUUAUAAAUACUCUAUUAAAAUUUAUGACAUACGUUUUUGUUAAUUGAUUCUUGAGUUCUAUUGAUGUUUAACUAGGUAUAAAAUUCUUGUUAUUUCAUCAUGUCCCCUCCCUUCCCGGGGCAGUAUCUAAAUCCCCCCCCCCUCGAGGUGAAUUUCUCUCCGAUUAGGAAUCUUAGUGUUAAAGUGAUUUUGCAGAGUAAUUUAUUUCAAUCGCCUAGAGCAGUGAUGUCUAACCUUUUUUCUUUGGCAGGUCACCUAGGUUAACAAUUAUCAAGCGGAAUACCAUUUUUUUUAAAAGUCCGAAUAAUCUCAAUUAGGUAUAUCAUCCAAAUUUUAUUUAAUUACUAACAAAAUGUAUCUAUAUAAUUUUGUAUACAUGAAGGUACAUUUUGGACUUGUUUCGUUAUAUUUUAUUGACUAUUGAAAAGAUUACAAAUUGAUACAGAAUAGACAUUAGUUUCUAUCAGUAUGCUCUUUUAAGUGCGCAAGUGAUAUUGAUAUUAAAUCGUAAAAUUUCCAUUUGAAAAUAUCCGACAGAAAAAAGCACAAAUAUUUUUUACUAAUUUUACUUUUUUUUUUUAAUAUUUUAAAAAUUUGUAACGGUCUGCAUAGAAUACUUUUGUGGGCUUGGCACCACUGACCUGCAGUCUAUCUCGAAAACUACAUUGAAAAAAAAAAAUCAGUAAAGAUGAUAUAUUAUAAUAUACAAUAAUAUGGCUUGUACAUUUAUAAUUCAUAUAAUAUUAAAUACCUAUGUUUUUAAUUUUACACACUUUAAUAUUUAGAAUUAGAUUGAAUGUAAUCCACCCUUAUUAUUAGUAACUCGAUGUUGCCAGUAUAGUGUAUUUUUAAAAUUAAAAUAAUUAUACUCUACAAACCAUAUUAUAUUCAUUGUAGUAUGUGCUACUAUAAAAUAAUUAAUCAAUAUUUAAUAUAAUUGAGGCCAAAGAAGCAAAUGAGCUGAGGCAAUACAAUGUAAAAUUUAUUUAAGGCAAUCUGGCCAAUAUGAACGGCAGUCUCUGAAUCGUACGCAUUUUAUUGUGACGACCAGUGAACAUCUAAGCCUUGUUUAACAUUAUUUUUUUUUAUUUUGUGUGUUAAUAUAGUUUCCCAUGCAUUAUAAUAGUAUAUGUUUCUAUUUGAGGAAUCACACUGCUUAGUCCAAUCUGAAAGCGAUUAAUUCAUGGUCAUUGUGAACUAAAAGUCUAAACCAUGAAAGUAGUUCUAUUAAUUUUUGAGAGCUAGGUAUCUACUGGAAGAUCAUUGUUGUUAUAAUAAAUAAUAUAAUUCAUAGUUUUUUGAAUAAAAUAAUUUGUCGAAAAA